GUUUCCCGGCCGCCCCCCGCUCGGGCUUGGCUCCCCCCUCCCCCGCACCUCCCCGGCCCGAGCUCUCGGCGCUUCCACGCUCGCGGAAUCACGACCCCUCCCUGCCAUGUAUCCGCAAGGCAGACAUCCGGCUCCCCAUCAACCCGGGCAGCCGGGAUUUAAAUUCACGGUGGCUGAGUCUUGUGACAGGAUCAAAGACGAAUUCCAGUUCCUGCAAGCUCAGUAUCACAGCCUCAAAGUGGAGUAUGACAAGCUGGCGAACGAGAAGACAGAGAUGCAGCGCCAUUAUGUGAUGUACUAUGAGAUGUCCUAUGGCUUGAACAUUGAAAUGCACAAGCAGACAGAGAUUGCGAAGAGACUGAACACAAUUUUAGCACAGAUCAUGCCUUUCCUGUCACAAGAGCACCAGCAGCAGGUGGCGCAGGCGGUGGAACGUGCCAAGCAGGUCACCAUGACGGAGCUGAACGCCAUCAUCGGGGUACGUGGACUCCCCAGUCUGCCUUUCACCCAACAGCAGCUCCAGGCGCAGCACCUCUCCCACGCCACGCACGGCCCCCCGGUCCAGUUGCCACCCCACCCGUCAGGCCUCCAGCCUCCAGGGAUUCCCCCGGUGACGGGGAGCAGCUCGGGGCUGCUGGCGCUUGGUGCCCUGGGCGGCCAGGCCCACCUGACGGUGAAGGAUGAGAAGAACCACCAUGAACUGGACCACAGAGAGAGAGAAUCCAGUGUGAAUAACUCGGUGUCACCCUCGGAAAGCCUCCGGGCCAGUGAGAAGCACCGCGGCUCUGCAGACUACAGCAUGGAGGCCAAGAAGCGGAAAGCGGAGGAGAAGGACAGCCUGAGCCGAUACGACAGUGACGGGGACAAGAGUGACGAUCUGGUGGUGGAUGUUUCCAAUGAGGACCCAGCAACGCCCCGGGUGAGCCCGGCGCACUCCCCUCCUGAAAAUGGGCUGGACAAGGCCCGUGGCCUGAAGAAGGAUGCCCCCACCAGCCCUGCCUCGGUGGCUUCCUCCAGCAGCACGCCUUCCUCCAAGACCAAAGACCUUGGUCAUAAUGACAAAUCCUCCACCCCUGGGCUCAAGUCCAACACACCUACUCCGAGGAACGAUGCCCCGACUCCAGGCACCAGCACAACCCCGGGGCUCCGGGCAAUGCCAGGCAAGCCCCCAGGCAUGGACCCGAUAGGUAUAAUGGCCUCGGCCCUGCGCACGCCCAUCUCCAUCACCAGCUCCUACGCGGCACCCUUCGCCAUGAUGGGCCACCAUGAGAUGAACGGCUCCCUGACCAGCCCCAGUGCCUACGCCGGCCUCCACAACAUCCCGCCACAGAUGAGCGCAGCUGCCGCGGCCGCCGCCGCCGCCUACGGCCGGUCACCAAUGGUGAGCUUUGGAGCUGUUGGUUUUGACCCUCACCCCCCAAUGCGGGCCACGGGCCUGCCUUCAAGCCUCGCCUCCAUUCCUGGCGGGAAACCAGCAUAUUCUUUCCACGUGAGCGCUGAUGGCCAGAUGCAGCCCGUGCCCUUCCCCCACGACGCCCUGGCAGGCCCCAACAUCCCAAGGCAUGCUCGGCAGAUCAACACUCUCAGCCACGGGGAGGUGGUGUGUGCCGUGACAAUCAGCAACCCCACACGGCACGUCUACACAGGGGGCAAGGGCUGCGUGAAGAUCUGGGACAUCAGCCAGCCAGGCAGCAAGAGCCCCAUCUCCCAGCUGGACUGCCUGAACAGGGACAACUACAUCCGCUCCUGCAAGCUGCUCCCUGAUGGGCGCACGCUCAUCGUGGGCGGCGAGGCCAGCACGCUCACCAUCUGGGACCUCGCCUCGCCCACGCCCCGCAUCAAGGCCGAGCUGACAUCCUCAGCUCCUGCCUGCUACGCCCUGGCCAUCAGCCCCGACGCCAAAGUCUGCUUCUCCUGCUGCAGUGAUGGGAACAUUGCAGUGUGGGACCUGCACAACCAGACCCUGGUCAGGCAGUUCCAGGGCCACACAGAUGGGGCCAGCUGCAUAGACAUCUCCCACGACGGCACCAAGCUGUGGACCGGAGGCCUGGACAACACUGUGCGCUCCUGGGACCUGCGGGAGGGCCGGCAACUGCAGCAGCACGACUUCACCUCCCAGAUCUUCUCGCUGGGUUACUGCCCCACCGGGGAGUGGCUGGCCGUGGGCAUGGAGAGCAGCAACGUGGAGGUGCUGCACCACACCAAGCCCGACAAGUACCAGCUGCACCUGCACGAGAGCUGCGUGCUCUCCCUCAAGUUUGCCUACUGCGGCAAGUGGUUUGUGAGCACUGGGAAAGAUAACCUUCUCAAUGCCUGGAGGACACCAUACGGAGCCAGCAUAUUCCAGUCUAAGGAAUCCUCGUCUGUCUUGAGUUGUGACAUUUCGGCGGAUGACAAAUAUAUUGUAACAGGCUCUGGUGACAAGAAGGCCACGGUUUAUGAGGUCAUCUACUAAACAAGGACUCUAACAGGGCUGUCAAACUCUGGGAGAAACAGACUCGGCUGUGACAGGGAGACCCCGGCGAGGGGCCCCGAGGAUGGCGGACAGGCGCGAGCAGCCGAGCGUUCCGGGCUGCGCUCUGGCAGGCGGGGAGGGCGCGUGCCCCGUCACCGCCUGGACUCCUGGGCAUGGAUCGAUGUGUCUCACAGACUCCGAUGGAUUUCUCUCCUCCUCCUCCCCCUUCACAAUCCUGGCAGAUGCUACAAAUAGAUUUAUUUGGAGGCUCGUGGCUCCAGCUCCCCACAGACACCCUCAUGAAUCUAUGUCUGUCCCUCCCUUUUCUUUUGACCUGUGCCCCUGCCCAGGGUCGGGGACACUGGAGUGGACCACGUGUUUGUGCUGGGGGAGGGGGGACCUCAUUUUCCUGAUUGUGCAGCGCACAAGAUUUGUGAAAAAUGUAAAUAACAGACUCCUAUCUCGGACUGAUCAGUGGGGGAGGAGGCCCCUUCCCACCGGAAACGCUAGCCGUGUGUUCGCCUGCUGUAUUUGUAAUCCACUCGUGGUGGUGGCCUUUUUUUUUUUUUUUUUUUUUUAAACAGAAGUUCCCAUCUGGGAAGGGGAGGUAGGGAGGGGGUGGAAGGGAGAAAAUCUUGGGGUGGAGGAAGGGAGCUGCAGCUGGUCACCAGGCUGACCAUAGGUUCCCCCUGGAGUGAGUGUGGUCCAUCUCCGGGGACUUGGGGGCUUGGGUGGGACAAGUGCCAGGAUCGAGCGCCAUGCAGACUGCGCUUGAGACGGGGGCCAGCCUGGGCCUACAGCAACAGAAAUGGUCAGGUUCCUCCAUGGCCUCCUGUGCGCUGCCUCUUGCCCUCCCUCCUUGCCCUCUCUCAGGUGUCUGACCCUCUCUCUCCGUCUCUCUCUCUCCUCCUGGCCUCGGGCGGUCUCUCUCUGUGGUGCACACUUGGUUAUUGUGAUGAGAUGGAAGUCCCCAGGAACUCCAUCUCCGGCCCUUCUCAAUCUUCAGACACAACCUAAAAAGGACAAAAGUUAGAGGAAAGCAUAGCAACUCAGCUCAGGGAGCUACCAGAGAAAAAUAGCAACUGAUGUGGGUGCUUUUUUCUUUUUAAUUUGAAUAAAAAGAAUUAGAAGUGAUGUCCUUUCAUAAAAUGCCUUCUCCCCCUUUCCUGCCUAUGCCCCGUCCUCUCUCCCCAGAGAGGAAAAGUAUAUUAACCUGCAGGGUUGUGGGUCUGAAAGGAUCACCCCCACCUGCCCCCUGGGCUGGCAGCGGGGUCCAAGGGCACGUGGGUGGGGGUGGGGCACACAUCUAGCGCACUGUGGUGACUUCUUGCCACUUUCAGUCUCUCUUGAGCCCAGACAGGUUACAGGUAGAAUAUUGUCUUCUGCGGGUGCCACUUUUUGGUACCAAAAUGUUCUGAGGUAUUAGGAUUUGGGUAGGGUUUUUUUCCUUUUGGUCUUUCGUUUUCUUCUUUUAAGGAAAAGCUGAAGGCCGUCGUGAGUCCUGGUGGUGGGCUCUCCGAGGAUGUAGCAUAUGGAAGAUAAUUUUUAUACUGCAUUUUUAUGGAUUAUUUUAUAAUGUGUGGUUCUGUCUAGUGAGAAGGAAGAAGGGGCCCCAGUGAAAACAGCCGUCUUCGGGGACGCAGAGGCCACCGACUGGCAAGGCGCCCUGUACCUUUCUGAGCGGGGUGGGGGGGUGUCUAGAGUCCCCCUCUCUCUGGGUCUCGGAUGUUCAUCUGCCACCUCUUGUUAAGGCUCCAGCCACAAGGGAGGGGGAGGGUAGAAGAAAGUUGAUUCCUGAAGAAAAAAGAAAAUGAAAAGUCAUUGUAAUGAGCUGUUUUUAUAUUUUUAAAAGUUACUAUUUAAAGGUU